GUCAAGGACGGCGUGCCUUUUGCGUCCAAACCUGAAAGGAGGAGGCCACAUAGACAGCAGUCCAUUCCUGACCGUGGAACAGAACGAUGUACGAUAUGACGACCGUCGCCGGUUUCUUCGUCGCCGCAUCGAUAGCCCUUCUCGCCGGGCCGUCAUCAUCACAAUUUUUGCCAGUUCACUUUGUCCACUUCCACACCCCGAUUUACACAAUUCCACCGUUGACGUUCCAGGCUUUGCUUGGAGGUGGAUUCAGGGCUUAUCUGCCAGAUGACUGCGGUGUCGAAAAUUUCGAAUUCAAGUGCAAAAAGAACAAAGAUGAGGAUUGGAAAGGUGGAAAUGUGACUUCUAAAAUGGCUAACCAUUGGGUUUUCGAAGACCCACUGCUUUCUCUCAACCCUGGCGAUCGCCUUUUAUACGGAGGAUCCGUUACGAACAGAGGUCGUCAAUAUCCGAUAAACGAAGACGCCGAAUGGAUCGUCCCUCAGGACUUACCGGAAUCGUUUUCCCCACCGCAGGUCGAACAACCGCCGAGAUGCCCCGAAGAGGAACAACCGGAAGAGGAAAGUCCGAAAAAAGAGAAAGAGCCUACGACGAAAAAACCUAAAAUGAACAAAGAACCGGAAUUGGAGGAAAAUGAUAAUUCCACAACAGCCAGCACCACGACGACGAUGACGUCGACAGAACCGACUACAACAACGACCACCACAACAACCGAAUACCCUUCGCUUGAUGUACCAAAAUGCCCCUGGGUCGAUAUAACGCCUAUUGACACAAGGGAAAAAGCACUUCAGAACAGCUUGGGCAGGAUGCAGUGCGAAUUGGCGUCAUUCGCUGCCAAAACGGCGAGGGUGAAUCGCCAGCUGACUGAAGAACUCAUCGAUUUGAAAAAACUCAACUACGCCACCGUCGCGAGGAUGCAGAGACUAGAAUCUCUUCUGAGAUCCCUUCCAAGAGGAAUUCCAUAUCCCCUUUUUUAAUUUCUACCGACACGAAAUAUUUAAAAUAUCUGUCAAUGAUAUUUAUUUAAAAUGUCAAAAAUAAGCAAAAUAUUUUGGUUAAUACCUUAUAAAGUCUUCUUUAUUACUAGUA